AUGGUCUUCUCAAACGCUCUCUCUCUCUCUCUCUUGAUGGUCUUCUCAAGCGCUCUCUCUCUCUCUUCUGGUCUUCUCAAGCGCUCUCUCUCUCUCUCGAUGGUCUUCUCAAACGCUCUCUCUCUCUCGAUGGUCUUCUCUCUCUCUCUCUCUCAAUGGUCUCUCUCUCUGAUGGUCUUCUCAAGCUCUCUCUCUCUCUCUCUCUCGAUGGUCUUCUCAACGCUCGAUGGUCUUCUCUCGCUCUCUCUCUCUCUCUCUCGAUGGUCUUCUCAGCGCUCUCUCUCUCUCUCUCGAUGGUCUUCUCAAGCGCUCUCUCUCUCUCUGAUGGUCUUCUCAAGCUCUCUCUCUCUCUCUCUUGAUGGUCUUCUCAACGCUCUCUCUCUCUCGAUGGUCUUCUCAAGCGCUCUCUCUCUCUCUCUCUCGAUGGUCUUCUCAAGCGCUCUCUCUCUCUCUCUCUCGAUGGUCUUCUCAAAGCUCUCUCUCUCUCUCUCUCGAUGGUCUUCUCAAGCGCUCUCUCUCUCUCGAUGGUCUUCUCAAGCGCUCUCUCUCUCGAUGGUCUUCUCAAACGCUCUCUCUCUCUCUCUCGAUGGUCUUCUCAAGCGCUCUCUCUCUCUCUCUCGAUGGUCUUCUCAAGCGCUCUCACUCUCUCUCUCGAUGGUCUUCUCAAGCGCUCUCUAUCUCUCUCUCUCGAUGGUCUUCUCAAGCGCUCUCUCUCUCUCUCUCGAUGGUCUUCUCAAGCGCUCUCUCUCAAAUGGUCUUCUCAAGCGCUCUCUCUCUCUCGAUGGUCUUCUCAAAGCGCUCUCUCUCUCUCUCGAUGGUCUUCUCAACGCUCUCUCUCUCUCUCGAUGGUCUUCUCAAGCGCUCUCUCUCUCUCUCGAUGGUCUUCAAACGCUCUCUCUCUCUCUCUCGAUGGUCUUCUCAAACGCUCUCUCUCUCUCUCGAUGGUCUUCUCAAACGCUCUCUCUCUCUCUCGAUGGUCUUCUCAAACGCUCUCUCUCUCUCUCUCUCGAUGGUCUUCUCAAACGCUCUCUCUCUCUCUCUCUCGAUGGUCUUCUCAAACGCUCUCUCUCUCUCGAUGGUCUUCUCAAACGCUCUCUCUCUCUCUUCCACUACUCACUCACUCUCUCUCGAUAG